AUGGAAACUAAAGAGACUUUUAAGGAGGAAGAGGAUAACUGUUACACCAACAGAUUGACGGUUGCAGAACAAAUGAUGUUUUCUUCUGUGGAGACCUUUGAAAUCAGUGAGUCAAAGCCCAAGAAAAAAUGUGGAGGAAAUUGUAUCAUGUCUGCAAUAAUCAUCUAUCUAGUCCUGUUUACAGCAGGUGUGGGAUUUCUGGUGAUACAAGUUUUGAGUCUACAGAAGGAAAUGGCUUCCCAGAGACUUCGGCUACUAAGACUGGAGAGUCUGCUCUUUCCAAAUGAAACACUGCAAUCACCCCAAGAUGAAUCAGAUCCAUCCUUCUCCUAUAUCCUGUCCAGUCAGUCAGAUCCUAACAUUAAAAAUGAGAGACAGUUGCUUCUGGAAAUUGAAAAGGAGAUUACUGAGGUGCAGACGAGCCAGAAAGAAUUACGUGAAAGGAUAAACGACAUUGCCACAAACCCAGAGUAUCAAGGAAGAAAAGGUGAACCAGGCGCUCCAGGACCACAGGGGGAAAAAGGUGUUGCUGGGUCUCCUGGAGGGCCAGGUGUGAAGGGAGAAAAAGGACUCUCUGGAAGGGAUGGAAUUCCAGGACUACCUGGACCCAGGGGACCACCAGGGGACCCAGGAGCAGCGGGCAUCCAAGGACCAAAGGGUAUUCCAGGGGAACGAGGACCAGCUGGUGUUGCAGGAUCCCAGGGUGAGAAAGGAAUCAAAGGGGAUGUUGGCCUGAUAGGUCCUAAAGGUGAAGCUGGAGCUAAAGGAGAUAAAGGAGAUCUGGGGGUCCCAGGAAGCAAAGGAGAAGUGGGUCAGAAAGGAGACAAGGGUAUGACAGGACUUCAAGGAUUACCUGGUCUUAAUGGUAUCGCUGGGGAACCAGGCCAACCUGGAAAGAAUGGGUCCCCUGGGACAAAAGGAGAGCCAGGUCAGUCUGGAGUUAAUGGCAUUCCUGGCAUAGCAGGUUUACCAGGAGCUUCUGGUGCAAAAGGAGAACCUGGCAAAAAUGGCUCUGUUGGACCACCAGGGCCUCCAGGCUUGUCUGGUCAACCAGGAGCACCAGGUGCAAAAGGAGACAAAGGAGACACAGGGAGUCAAGGACAAAAAGGAAAAAUAGGAGAAGCUGGAGCUGCAGGUAUACCAGGUGAGAAAGGAGCCCAAGGAAGAAUAGGGGAUAAAGGAGAACCUGGCUUAGCAGGCACCAAAGGAGAAAAAGGACAGAAGGGUGAGCCGAGACAACAAGACUCCCGUGUUAGAAUUGCAGGUGGAGGGAGACGAGGCCGGGCUGAAAUUUACUACAGAAAUUCUUGGGGCACUAUAUGUGAUGAUGACUGGGGCAAUGAGGAUGCCACUGUCUUCUGUCGUAUGCUGGGCUACUCCAGUGGAGAAGGAUAUGCCAAUGAAGGAGGAGGUACUGGACAAAUUUGGUUGGAUAAUGUUGAGUGUACAGGAUCUGAAAAUAGCCUCUGGGAAUGCCGGAAAAAUGAAUGGGGCUCUCAUAAUUGUGGCCACAGUGAAGAUGCUGGUGUGGAAUGCCACUGACUAUCACAGAGAACAUCCCAUCUUGUCCCCCAAUUCCUCAAAGUCCAAAUUGUAACCUGGCUGCCAGACCUUACUUAAAUGAUGUUUAACUAGUUUCACUUACAAGAUGUCAUUUGUUAAAUACACGAGCAUUUCUGUGUGUGAGUGACUUCACCCUGUAUCAUUCAUAUGCUGCCUCUGGAAAGAUCCUUAAGAAAAAUAAAAAGUAAAGAAAAGAAAAGAAAGCUCUG